AUGGACCGCGACGCGCCCGGCGCCUUCGCGCGCCAGGCGGACUGCUGCGGCGACCGGCCCGCGGAGGAGUGCUCGCGCUGGGUGGCGCGCAUCGACGCGGCGCUCGCGUCGACGUGGCUCUACCCGACGAACUACCCCGUGCGCGCGUACCAGGAGAGCAUCGUGAAGCAGUGCCUGCUGAAGAACACGCUCGUGUGCCUGCCGACGGGCCUCGGGAAGACGCUCAUCGCGGCGGUGCUCAUGUACAACUACCACCGCUGGUUCCCCGAGGGCCAGAUCAUCUUCAUGGCGCCGACGCGGCCCCUCGUCGGCCAGCAGGUCGCGGCGUGCCACGGCGUCGUGGGCCUGCCCGAGGGCGACACGGCGGAGAUCAACGGCACCGUCGACCAGCGGCGGCGGCGCCAGCUCUGGGCGCAGCGCCGCGUCUUCUACUGCACGCCCCAGACGGUGCAGAACGACCUCGAGAACGGCGCCCUCGACUGCUCGCGCGUCGUCCUCGUCGUCGUCGAUGAAGCCCACCGCGCGUUGAAAAAGUACGCGUACUGCGGCGUCGUCCGAGCGAUCGCGAAGCGGCAGUCGCACUUCCGCGUGCUCGCGCUGUCGGCGACGCCGGGCAGCGACAUCGCCGGCGUCCAGGCCGUCAUCGACAACUUGAGGAUCGCCCACGUCGAGGUGCGGAGCGAGGCGGACGCGGAGGUCGCGCCCCACACGCACGCGCGACUCGGGGCAGCAAAAGAGAGCGAAAUUCCCAACUUCAAAGGCUUCGAUCUCGGCCAUUUUCCACUCACCAUCGCCGGCCCGCCCCUGGGGCGGCUCAAGGCCGCGCGGCUGCUGCACUCGAGCGACCUGGCGCAGCUGUCCGCGUUCCAGGUCUUCUCGGCCGAGUGCUCGCACUCCGGUCUGUUCUUCGACAAGUUGCUCGCGCACAAGCUCGUCGCCGCGCACGACGCGUUGAAGGCCUACGGCCCCGGGGGGUGUCUCGACAAGCUCGAGGCCCUGGCGGCCUGCGACGCGAAUUCCGACAAGCCCUUCGACAAGGUCUGCGCGCGGGUCGCGGCGGGCGCGCCGUUCAAGAGGGCCGUCGACGUGCUCCGGGGCGCGGGCGAGGCGCCGAAGACGGCGAAGCUGCGGGAGCUGCUCGUGGACCACUUCGCGCGGUCGCGGGAGGCGGGCCGGAGCUCGCGGGCCAUGGUCUUCACGGGCACGCGCCACUCCGUCGACGCCAUCGGCGACGCGCUCGCGGGCGAGCCGGGCCUCCGCGUGCAGCGCUUCGUGGGCCAGGGCGGCGCGUCGGGCAUGAAGCAGGACGACCAGAAGGCGGCGGUGAAGCGCUUCCUGGCCGACGACACGAACGUGCUCGUGGCGACGUGCAUCGCGGAGGAGGGGUUGGACAUCGGCGCGGUCGACAUGUGCGUCUUCUACGACCAGGUCGGGUCGCCGAUCCGCCUCGUGCAGCGCAUGGGCCGCACGGCGCGGAAGCGCGCGGGGCGCGUCGUGCUGCUCAUGGGGCCGGGCGAGGACCGCAAGUUCGAGGCCGGCGGCGAGAAGUCCGCGCGCGUCAACGCGGCCCUGCGCGAUUUAAGGGGGCUCCGGCUCCACCAGAACCUCAACAAGCGCAUGGUGCCGCGGCGCCUCGUGCCCAACUGGCCGG